UUGUGCAGGCAACCAAAAUUAGAUAAUCAGUAUUAAUAAACAUUAAAAAAAAAAGAUAGCACGCAACACAAUACUGUAGAUAAAAAUUGAGAAUUGUGAAUGCGCCCUAAAUUUUCUUUUUCGGCCUAUAUCUUUCAGUUUCAGUGACAAUCAUAUUAUUAUGAUAUUGACAAAUUGACAUCUAUCAAAUUCGGAAACGAUAUCUGUGAAUCUGUGAUUCUGUGAACUUGUGAUCGUUUGAUUUCGUUUGAUGAAAAAAUGAGAACUAUGUUGAAAACUCUAAUUUCGGCUACUAAUUUGCCUGUAAGGCGAUAUGCAGUGCGUUUUUGUUCUAAUGAUGCUCAAGCUAAGCAUAAAGCAGAAGAAAAACACGACCCUAAAGAUUCGGAAUCGGAACCGGCCAAAAUAGAAGUUGUCAAAAAAAAUAUUGUUGUUGAAAAAUUUGGUUCCGUUAUGACACUCAACAUAGACCGUCAAAACACGAGGAACAGUCUGGACAUAGCAACACUUAAAGAAAUGACUGUAGCCAUUGAUGCAUUUGAUAAUGAUCCUGAAGCCAAAGUUUUAGUAUUCAACGGAGAAGGUGGCAGCUUUAGUUCGGGAUUUAACAUGGAUGAUAUAGCCGCACAUGGAUAUAAUAAUUUAAAAGAUGCUGCGAUUCGUCUGGAAAGAAGACCUCUCUGCGAUAAGAUCACAAUAGCAGCAGUGUCAGGGUACGCAGUGGCUGAAGGGUUUGAGUUGGCUCUGUCCUGUGACCUGCGAGUCAUUGAGGAGACCGCUGUACUCGGCUGUCUUGGGAGGAGAUUUGGAGUUCCACAAUCAAUAUACGGUGCUCGAAAGCUGACGUCAUUGAUCGGACUAUCCCCUGCGUUGGACUUGCUCAUCACGGGCCGCCUGAUCUCGGGAGUAGACGCCAACAGACUAGGACUGGCUUGUAAACUCACUUCUACGGGCACAGCUCUGGGCGAGUCGAUAAAACUGGCGAAGUCUUUAGCAAAGUUCCCAGUGAAUGCGAUGGUGAUGGACAAGAUGGCUGCUAUCAAUUCCCAACUGAAUCCUAAUUCGGAGGAGAGUAUGAGGGACGAGGCUAUAAUGCAUAGUCUAUUAGGAAACGCUAUCGAGGAUAUGAAGGAAGGAGUCAAGAAGUUCCAAUCAGGUAUAGGUAAACACGGCAAGUUCUACAAGUUAAAAGAGCUUCCAUUAAAAGACUGGGAAUUAGAAGACACAGAAGAACAAGUCACCAUCAAACUCAAAGAGGUUAAUAUAGAAAAAGAAGAUGGGAAAGACAAAUGAAAACCUACCCUAUGUGUAGAGAAUAAGACUUGUUUUGCUUUGUUCGUAAGGUAAUGGAAAGGUUUCAUUGCAAUGAUUAUUAUUGGUUGGAUUUUCUUUAGGUCUUGUGUUGCAUUAGUGUGACGAUAGAUGUCGUUCUAGUGCAGUUAGGUCAUUAAGCAUGAUUACUUAACUUGGUCGGAGGAUCCUCUAAUUUUCUGAACUAGGUCUUUUUGUCGGCGUUUGGCCAUUGUCUUGCCCGGGCCCUUAGCUAAACGCCACUUUAGCGCUUGUCUACAGAGAGAAAGAAAUCAAAAUGUAUGAGGAUGACACUGACAAAUGUCAAAAU